GCGAAUCGUUUUUGCCACAGGAUUAAAAGAUAAAAUGCGCUGCAUUUUCACCUCCGCUAACCCUGAGCCAACGGCCAGGCGCGCAUAGUUGCUCACUUUCCUACUGAUCCUAGCGACGAUCACGGGCGUGACCCCGCGGAGGCUUGAAGACGACACAGAAGGGUUCGAGGAUUUCAGUUCUGCGCUUGGAGUUGGAGGCAGAGGAAUUUUAUGUUGGGAAAAGCGAGAUGGUUGAUUAAGGAGAAAGAUAGUGACUUUCUAAGAGUGAUCUACUGAUUGAUCAUUGGCUGUGGAGUAGGAGCUCAAGGCUGCUGAACCACAUUAAAUCAACGAGUUUACAAUAUAAGUACUAAAUAUUGUUGAAAAAAAAUCUGGUGUUGAGAAUGAAGCACAAAAAAUCUCGAUAGGAAACAAGUCAGCAAUGGUGGCUGUCAUACAUACUGAAGCAUAAAUUUUAUUUUGGAGGAGUCUUUUUUUUGUAUUCAGAAGUAGUAGAUAGACUGAGAUGAAGAAUUUGCUGAGUGAAAAAUCAAUGGCAACACCAAUUAAGAUUUUGAUGGCCAAUGACAUGUCUAACGAAAUUGAGUUAAAACGGAAAUCUCAUAGUGUUGUUGCCCAACUGAUGGGAAUUGAUACCAUGAAGCUGGAUCAGCAGCAAGUCUCCAUCCAUACUAAAAGAAAGUUGCAGGAUAAUUGUCCAUCGACAACUACCUUGGCUGGAAAACUUAAGGUUAGUUGCCAGAAAGACAAAUUCUGCAAUGAAAUGUCCUGUAAUCUUCAGCAUUAUAUUUAUGACAAGAUUGAGUCCAAGGAUGCAUGUGAAAUAUUACAUAAACCAUCAGGAGAUAUAAAAAACCAGUGGGGAAAUUGUAUCAAGGACCUGAAUAAGAACAACAAAAAGGCCUAUGUAGAGAAUUUAAUGGAAGGGAGUUUUUCUACAGAAGAGGAAAGGAUACUCCAUUCCAAGGAUUUUCAAGAUGCCCUUAGAAUUGUCUGCUCAAACAGAAAAUUAUUCCUAAAAAUCCUUGAAGGUCCAGAUUUCAUACUAUCUAAGCACAUGAGAAAUGCCCCUAUCACUCCAGUUAAAAAAAAUCACAUUUCUGCAUUUAAGCCAUUGCGAAAUUUUGAGAAGGGUGAGAAUGUGGUGACAACAGAACGAUAUCCAUCCGCCAGUAAUAAUUCUGAUUUUACUCAACUAAAGGCAAAAAAUGUUUCUCAGCAAACCAGGAUAGUGGUCCUAAAGCCUAGAUCUGGUAAUCAUCAUGUCAUGAAGGCCAAGGUGGCAUCUCCAAUGACAUUAUGUAAACUUCUAGAGCAAAGUGGAUUUUUUAGAGGCUUGCAAGAUAGGGGAGCCUUACAAUCAAGAUCUGAAAGUGAAGUCUCUCAACAGAAACUAAAGAAUGUAAUUUCACAGAAGUCAGCAGUUGUAAUGGAAGCCAAGAAGCAAGCUUUGGAGAGACAGGCUUCCUUACCCUCUAAUGGAAGCAAUAAAGAACAAAUUCGAACACAUAGAUCAUCAUUCUCAUUAGGUCAAAUCCUUGCUAAUACUGUUGUAAAGGAAGCUGAGCAUACUAAUAAGUUUAUUCCUAGAAAUGGAUCCUCCUGCAAUCCAGUUGAUGAAUUGAAGUUAUCUACAUCAUUUGAAACCUUUGGGAAAAUUAACUAUAUCGAAAGAAGCUCCCCUGGUAAUUUAUCAAGGUCAAAGAGUCUGCCUAUCUCAUCCUCAUAUGAACAAAUUGGAUCAAGUACUCAAUCAUCCAAAUUCUUGAUUAGUAGUGCUAUUGAGCGAAAGAAGGAAGUAAAGUCUAGGAAUGAUAAGACAUUCAAAGAAAAGAUCUCAAGUUUUCUCUUUUCGAAGAUGAAGAAAUUUAGUUGUGAAAAGUCUGGUUCUCCUUUCUCGGAGGGGUUCGAUAGCAAAUUCCAUUCUUACAGUCCUGGUUUGGCAGUAAAGGGAAGUGUACAGUCAGUAAAUCCUCUGAAAAUAAAUUUGCCUUUGGGAAGUCCACAAGUAUAUUAUGAAGAAACAAGUGGAAAUGCAACUUGUCCAAACCCAAUAAUUGACGCAAGGAAAAGAGCUUCUUCUAAUGAGAAAGCUAAAGCAUGUAAUACAAUGAGAGAUGAAGUCAACUUUGAAAACUCCAAAGGUAACCAAGAUCAAACUAGCCCUACUUCAGUCUUGGAUACUCUGUACGAAGAUAGAAGAAAUGACAUUAUAUCCAAGUCGUCUGAUGUUAUUACUGGAACACAAAGUAUCUCUAGGGCUCCACCAAUUGAAUCAGUUUCCCGUUCUUUACCAAGGGAUAAUACUCACCCAGAUUUUUCAAUAUUUAAUAAAGAACCAUUCAAGGUGGACACCAAUCACGAGGAGAAUUAUGCAUUCUCUCGAAAUUUUCUUUCUUCUAGCUCAGCAAUAAAUACUACUGUUUCCACAAGAAACCAUGCUAUUCGAGGUCAAUUUGAUGAAGUGCUACUUACAAACUACUUUUACUGGAGAGAAGUAGCAGCUAUGCUCAAGGAAAAAAGGUCAAAUCAGAACGUCUUAUUCAGCAGUGCCAACUCAGAACCAAUAGAAUUUGGAUCAACUGGUUUGCCCACCUCACAAAGCGUAAAUCAGUGGAUUAGGGAAUCUGCUUGGCUUGUGCCUGCAGAAGCAUGGAACAUCAUCAGGAAUUCGUUUUUUGUGAAAACAGUGAUGGAAGAUGAUGACUGCAGCAACAUAAGCCAAUUGCUUGGUAUGAUGGUUGGAGGAUUGGAAGUUCAAGAGAUCACUGAAGAGAUUAGCGGAUAUGUGUUGAAGAAUUUGGUCAGGGAGGCUUUGGCUGAGAUGAGUGAUUAAUGUUUGUGAUUUGAUUAGAAUGUUUUAUGUAUCAUGGCUCCACAUCUGUCAUUCCUUGUUUCUCUCUGUAAAUACUCCAAUAACUCAGUGUUUGUGUGGUUCAGGUAUGCAUAUAAAGCAAUGUAGUUCAUCUUUGCUACAUUUUGGUGCA